UUUGCACCAGCCUUCGAAAGUCGACCCUCCACCAGCCUCUCGCUCCUUAGUAAAGCCUUGGGGUCACUUCAGCCUCUCGAAGCCUUCCACUCCCAGAGGCCGACUCUUCGUCUUUAAAGGGUAGAAGAGGGAAAGGCGUGCGGUGCAUGGAGCUUUGCAUAACCGUUCGCUCUCUCCUCUCCAGCCGUCUGAAAGCAAGUGAGAGUGUCCCCAGAACCAAGCCCUCGACUCGCACACCCCACGCCCGCCCCGACCAGCUGCGCGCUCUGCCCCUGAGACGUCCCAGCUGCGCGACCCGGGCCAAGCCGAAAUUCGCCCGCCCGCGUCCCUCCCCUACUUACGGCGCCCGGCCGCACCACCAUCCGCCGCCGGAGGCGACGCCGCCUGCCUCUCUCUGCCCCUCCCUCCACCAGGUGGCAGGUUCAGGCCCCAGGUCCAAGCCUGCGCCUCUGCAGUUACCACUGCCGCGGUCGCCGCCUGGGGGAGAGAGUCCCCUGUUGGGAAACGUGGUGUUGCUUCCUUGGUGUGAAGGCGCUUUCAAACUUUAGGUUUCUGUUCUUUUGCCCCUCGCUUUUGAAGCUCGGAGAAGAUGGAGACCGAGUCCGGGGCGCAAACACCAAAUCAGACACAAACAGAUUCAUUAUCUCCAUCCCCUAAUCCUGUGUCACCUGUGCUGUUGAAUAACCCAACGAGUGCCCCAAGAUAUGGAACAGUGAUCCCUAAUCGCAUCUUUGUAGGAGGAAUUGACUUUAAGACAAAUGAAAAUGAUUUAAGAAAAUUUUUUUCCCAGUAUGGGUCUGUAAAAGAAGUGAAGAUUGUCAAUGACAGAGCUGGAGUGUCCAAAGGGUAUGGUUUUGUCACAUUUGAAACACAAGAAGAUGCACAAAAAAUUUUACAAGAGGCAGAAAAACUUAAUUAUAAGGAUAAGAAACUGAACAUUGGUCCAGCAAUAAGAAAACAACAAGUAGGGAUCCCUCGUUCCAGUAUAAUGCCAGCAGCUGGAACAAUGUAUCUAACAACUUCAACUGGAUAUCCUUACACUUAUCAUAAUGGUGUUGCUUAUUUUCAUACUCCAGAGGUACCUUCUGUCCCACCACCUUGGCCUUCACGUUCUGUAUCUAGUUCCCCUGUGAUGGUAACUCAGCCGGUUUAUCAGCAACCUACAUAUCAUUACCAGGCCCCUACACAAUGUCUACCAGGACAGUGGCAGUGGGGUGUUCCUCAGUCACCUGCUUCUUCUGCUCCAUUCUUAUACCUACAACCUUCUGAGGUUAUUUAUCAGCCAGUGGAAAUUGCACAAGAUGGUGGGUGUGUUCCCCCUCCACUGUCUCUGAUGGAAACUUCAGUUCCAGAGCCUUAUUCUGAUCAUGGAGUUCAAGCAACGUAUCACCAGGUUUAUGCUCCAAGUGCCAUUGCUAUGCCUGCGCCUGUGAUGCAGCCUGAACCAAUUAAAACAGUGUGGAGCAUUCAUUAUUAAGACAAAUUGGGCAGCUCUAGUCCAGCUCAACUGAUUUCUUGUCCAGUGAUCCUUGUGUGGCCGAGAUCCAGCUUCAACGAACCGGCUAGAAGCUGCCCGUUGUGAAAUUUAGGGUUAGUUAAUACCUCACCAUACUUACGUAUUCCAACUAUAAGCUGUCUAAAUUUGAUGAAAUUUGCCCUUUCAGCAGUUCUACAGAAUCAUUUAGGUAGAUGUGGUAUGAUGGUUUUUUAUAUGUAUUAAUCUAACUAUAGUGACAUUUUCUAUAAUAGAUGUUUUAUCCAUUCCAUAAAUAAUAACCACAUUGAGAAUAGUAAGGUGUCUUUCAUUUUCUCUGCUUUGUGUUAUUUCUCUUCUUUACAGACAUUUGGAUUUAUGUUUCAUAUUCUUUGAUAUUUACUUUCUUAUUUAGGAUAAGAAUUAUUUCUAAUUAUAAAAGAAUUUUUAGUUAUGUUCAUGCCUUUUAGCAUAUAGUUUACUAUUUAGUUAUACCACUUUGCUUUGAAGUUCUAUUUUGUUAUUUAACAUCGUCUUGUCUAAUUUUUUACUAAUUUGUUACUGCUACUCCUUAUUAAUUUUGCUCCUGCCAUGAUUUUCAGAAUUGAAAUAUUAUUUAUACUUUUUUAUAAUAUUUUCCAAAUAUUGGAAGUAUCACUAAUAUUAUCAGUAUUCUAGCCUUUCCAUCUGUUUAAUCUGACUGUAUCAUUUUUUGUCUCUAAUGUUUGAGAUAACAUUGGAAUCUUCCUAGAACACAAUCCAUUUUAGUACCAAAUUUUAUAUAAUACAGGUCCCACCUAGUGGAAUUAUUUUGAUAAAAGAAGGACUCACCUCUGACAUGAUCACAUAACAUUAACUGAUACUGCGCUGUCUAAUAUUCUUUGAAUGCUUUAGUCUUUUGACCUAUUCUUCUUAUGCUACCAAUAUAUUCAAUUAUAUGUUACUAAUUUUAAAAAGGAAAUUGUUUUUUAAAAAGCAAAACUUUCUUACACUUAAGAUUCUGAUUCUAAAGCCAAUUUUGGUUAUGAAAGUGGAAAAUAGGUAGGAAAUUCAUUGUUCAGAAGCUACAGAACGAAUCAUAAGGGUUUUUAAAUCAUUAAAAUUUCUAUAGUAGUAUGAAAAAAUCCUUCUUUACAUGCAUUUGUAGUUAUUUCACUGACUACCUUUUAGGAGACAGAGGAUAAGCCAUAAAAACUGGCCAUCCCCUAAAAAAUCUGUCUCUUCCUUUCCUCUUCCAUCCCUAAAUGUUUUCCAUGUUCAGCAGUUAACAGCAGAAAUAAUAUAUAAACCCUAAAGUUUUUCUUUGGUGAUUCAAAUAGAGUGUUUUCUUUUGAAACCAUAUUGAGUAUGUUUCCCAGUCAAAUGGUUUCAUGAGAACAAUAGGAUCCUAUGAAUGUAUACUACUAGCAUACAACGAACCCAUGUACAUUAAUUAUUCUCAGUUUUUAGAAAUGUAAAUAGACUAGUAAGUCCCACAAUGAAAUUUCAGAAGUUUUUGUUCUGUAAGUAAAAAUUAUUAACCACUGAUGUUAAAGAUCUUCCUUUAAUAGCACUAUCCUUGAGAAUAAAAAGUUAAUGUUUCAAUUUUCAAAAUGUUAAACGCAAUGCUAAACAUAUCCUGAACUGUUAAUAAAAAUUAAUGAUUACUGAAUCAGGAAUUUUGAUAGUAAUUGAUACCCAAGUGUGUUUCUUCCACAGAGCUAUACAGAUUAUAUACAUACAUACAUAUGUAUACAUAUAUGUAAUUCAUGCUUAUACACUUACUUAGAAUUUAGUUUUAUUUUGAGAAACUAAUCAAACUUUGGAAUUUACUGACAACUUGAAUAUAUAAGAGGAUAUCAUCCAACUUUCUUCAUGUCUUAGUCUGACAGCCCAACAGCCCAAAACUUGUUAUUUUUAAUAACAGACUGUUUGGGAAAAGGAAAUUCUCCUUACACAUACUAAGUGAAACCCAUUUGAUGCUUUUUCUAUUUUAUAGUAUAUCGUCUAUAGAUAAUUUUGAAAAGUAAGUUUUUACUUACUUAGUACCCAUUUUGAAAGCCCACUCUGAAGACAUAUCUGAAAUUCACUCUGUGUUAGAGUUUCUUAGAAAAUGGAUAAUACAAAUAUUAGUACAUGGACCAAAAUCACAAGGCAAUAACCUUGCAAACUUUUUGCCCAAAAUCUCUAAUACAAUCAGAUAUAGAAAGAUGGUAGCAUGUCAAAAGAUAAAGGAUCUUGGAAAAUUAAGACUUUAACUUCCUCUGUCAACUGAUUUCUUGGAAAGACAGCUUAGAAAAAGAGUUUAGUUUAUAGAAGAUUGCUUUUUAAGUUUUGCCAACAGUGGCAGUACAGUAUUUUCAAAGAAAUGUACAAGUCCCAUAUGUAGGAGUGUUUCCUGGAUCUAUGCUAUGUUUAACUUUAAAAUAAUGAAUUUCGAUUACACACACACACAAAUUCUUUGUGUCUUUCCCAGAAAUAGUGCUUUGAUAGUAUUAAAAUAUAGACUCAGACUAGAAAGGACUUUAGGAGGGCAUCCAAUCCAACUUUGAUAUCAUGCUUCAACAUUCCCUAUUGUUAUAAAUAGUUAAUUGCUGGCCUGUAGACCUAUACUUUAGCUAAAAUUUAUUUGAAAUCCCUAUAGAUUUAAAAGCGGAAAAUUUUACCUGAAGGAUGGAUAUAAAUAAUAGUCAUAAUUGGUGUUGUUUCUUUCAACUCUAUAGGCAGUGUUUUUUUAUUCAUGUGCAUAGAUUCCUAAAAAUAUGGUAUCAGCUUCAGUCCUUCCAUGUUUAAUACUACUUUCUGAUGAGUAACUACAGUGUCUGCUAAUUCUUGGACCUACUGUGUGUUUCUGUCUCUUUGCUUUUAUGUAUUGCAUAAAUUUGCUAAUGUUUUCAGCAUUCUACUCGCUCCUCCCAGAAGCCAAGUACUGUUCAGGAUUACUUGUUUCGUUUCACAUUGUCUCAUUUUAUUUUUCCUUUCCACAUCAUUUAAUACUUCUUUAGUUUUCUAUAUACUAGUUUCAUGGUUAUCUUGAUGUUACCCAUCUUUCUGACCUGUCAGGAUCAGCAAAUAUAAAAUAGUAGCCAUAGAUUGCAAACCAGUGAACUAACAUUUAGGAUUUCCAGUUUGAUCAUUCUUUUUAGGUAUGCUGCUUUAAAAAGUUAUCAGUUAAUACAAUGCCAAGCCUGAUGAUAGUGAAGGAAAGGUAUACAAGUCAUUAAGACAUUUUAUUUAGGCUAGUCAGUGAUACUACAUUGACAUGACUUAUUUUUAAGACAUGUAAUUUUUAAAUUUUCCAUGCACUGAUUUUUAAGUUUUCUUCAUUUGAUAAUGUACUUCUUAGAUUAAUAGAAGCCAGUACUUCAUGAUUUGCUAAUACUUUAGUUGAAUAAUUUUUUUGUAGUGAUGCUAUUACAUUAACCUCAGUUUUUUAUUUCUAUCAAGGUACGCACCUACAGGGUAAUUGUCACUUAGUAUUUCUCUCAAGGUGAUAUGAGUCAUAAACAUCAGCUUGGUGUACCUCUUCCCUUUUCCCUUUGGAAAACAGAGGUGUGAGAAGUGGCAUCUCUACACUUACCAGUUGUCAUCAAGUCGAUUCCAACUCACAUCAAUCCUGUAAGACAGAGUAGAACUACCCCAUAGGGUUUCCAAGGAGGG